AUGGCUAAAUCAAACGACAAACGCGCUGUGAAGACAGACAAGAAGACAGACACGCCCAAGAAGAGCCACAAGUCGGGCACUUCAUUCAUCAAAGUUGACAAGAAAGCGUUUGACCCUGCGCUAGCAUCGCUGUUUGCGACCAGUGCGGGUCCUGUACAAGCGCCCCCAAAAUCACGCUACCAGGCGCGCGCCCAAGAGAAAGCGACCGAGGACUCGAGUGAAGAUGAAGACGAAGGCGAUGCGAACGAUGCGGAACUGAGCUCGGCAUCUGAAAGCUUGCCCUCCGAUGACGACGACGAGGAUGGAGACGAAGAUGAGGACACGUCGGAUGCUAGCGAAGGGUCCGAGUCCAAGGACGAGGCAGCGCUUGCAAAACUGCGUGAAGCUGCACUGCACGGCGCAGUAGAAAAGCCUAAAAAGCGCAAGCGAGGUGACAAGGAGGAAGUCGAGGAUGCCUACAUGCGAAAAUUGGCACGAGAGGAAGAGAAGGAGGAGGAGCAAAGACAAAAAAAGCGCAAGACAGAAGAAGAGGACGAGGAUGAGGACGAUGAGGAUGAUGAAUCUUCAGACGACAACGAUGAAGGCGAAUCUUCAGGCGAAGAAGACGACGACGAGGAUGCGGAAGAUGUCAAUGAUGCCGACAAGGCUGAAGACCUUACAAUCCCCAAGCACGAGUCGCUCAUGGAGAAGACCGACGAGAGCGCUUCGGAAGUGGAGAAGGCAUCGCGCACCGUCUUCCUAGGCAACGUCUCUGUCGAGUGUAUAAAUUCAAAGCCCGCCGAAAAGGCCCUCAAGAAGCACCUAGAGUCCUUCAUCCCCGAUCUCGCCGACAAUAAGCCCCCGCAUAAGAUCGAGUCGAUACGUUACCGCUCGACAGCAUUCGGUACCUCGCUACCCAAACGCGCUGCCUUUGCAACCAAGGACAUCAUGGAUGCGACUACAAAGAGCACGAAUGCAUACGCUGUGUACACAACCAAGGUCGCGGCGAGGGAGGCUGUCAAGAGGCUAAACGGCUCCAUGCUCCUCAAGCGCCACCUCCACGUCGACUCAUUGGCCCAUCCAUACAAAGUCGACCACCGCCGCUGCGUCUUCGUUGGCAACCUUCCUUUUGUAGACGAUGAAUCCCAAACGCCCGUGGCCGAAGGCGAGAAGCCCAAGAAGAAGAGGCCUGCCUCUGACGUUGAAGAAGGCCUCUGGACGCACUUUGCCAAAUGCGGGAAGAUCGAGAGUGUGCGCGUAGUCCGCGAUGCAAAGACGAGAGUCGGUAAGGGAUUCGCCUACGUACAGUUCGUGGACGAGAAUGGCGUGGAAGCCGCACUGCAACUUAACGAAAAAAUGUUCCCACCUAUGCUUCCCCGCAAACUCCGUGUUACACGUUGCAAAGCAGAGAAGAAGAACAAGGACAAGCCGAGAGGACCGCCACCAUCCAAGACAGAGGGUGCAUCAAAGGGCAGGCCAGGUGCUGGCUACAAGCAAAAGCUUACUGAAGAGCAGAAGUCACAACAGGGACGUGCAAGAUCGAUGUUGGGCAAGGUCGCCAAGGCACAGACGAAGGAGGGUUUCGUGUUUGAAGGUCACAGAGCGAGCGAGAGACAGGGUAAGAGUGGGCUCAAGUUCAAGGGCAGUGGAGGCAAGAAGAAGGGUCCUAAUGGACGGAAGAGCAGAAGUGCAGGCUGGAAGAAGACUGGCGGCAAGAAACAGUGA